AUGCAUACCCAGGUGAUCAUUGCAGGUCUCUUAGUGCUUCUCACAGGUGCUGUUGUUUCUUACCCACAAGUGAGAGGAGUGGUGGGUCAGUCUGUGACACUGCCCUGCACCUACCCGGUGAUUAAUGGAGAUAUUCAUACCAUGUGUUGGGGCCGAGCGGGAUGUCCUCAGAGCGGAUGCAUGCAUGAAAUCAUCCGGACGAACGGAGUCCACGCCAUCUUUCAGAGGCACGAGCGUUAUCAGCUAAAGGGAAAAAUUCCGGAAGGGAAUGUGUCUUUGACCAUACAGGAUGCAAACCAGAUCGACACUGGUCUGUAUUGUUGCCGUGUUGAAUACAGGGGUUGGUUUAAUGAUAGGAAACUCACACUGUCAUUGGAGAUUAGACCAGCCUCCGUUACCAAUGUUCCAACAUCACCUAAGGUCUCUACCUCUGCUCCUCCAACGCCAGCACUGACGCAGAGCUACAAACCAGCCUCCGUUACCAAUGUUCCAACAUCACCUAAGGUCUCUACCUCUGCUCCUCCAACGCCAGCACUGACGCAGAGCUACAAACCAGUGGCUACUUCACCUUUCCCAAAGCAGUCAGCAACAACCCAUUUUCAGAUAACCCAGGAAACAAGGAUGCAACCCACCAGCUCACCAGGCCACCAGGACACAUCAGCUACUUCACCUUUCCCAAAGCAGCCAGCAACAACCCAUUUUCAGAUAACCCAGGAAACGAGAAGGACGCAACCCACCAGCUCACCAGGCCGCUGUGACACAUCAGAUGGGAAUGGCACUGUGACACAGUCUACAGAUGGCCUUUGGCAUGGAAAUCAAACUGGGGUGUCCCUGGUACAAGAGCCAGGGAUGACCACCGCUAACGGAGUCUACAUCGGCAUUGGUAUUUUUGCUCUGGUGCUUCUCAGUGUUCUAGCUGUCAUGAUUAUUAAAAGGCAUUUAUACAUAAGAAAUAAGCUACAGCAAUUAAGAGUGGUUUCAUUCAAUGGCUCUCACAUUGGAGCUUUACAAAGAGCAGCUGAAAACCGUGUCAAAGCAGAAGACAAUAUUUACAUUGUUGAGGACAAUCUCUAUGUCAUGGACUAAGAUCCAGCAGCCCUCUAGGGUUUUAUUGUGACUGCAGAAGACAGUGACCAUUUAUCACCAUGACAGACUCCUUUUUAGGCUCCAGGGACAUUUCUCUGUGUCAGUUUCACCUGGCAUCUCAACAUGUUGCAGAGACAUCCAGUAGAAUGACUCUAGCUCAAACAUGUGUGCAGUCAACCUCAUUGGUGAUAUACUCCUAACUAUCCUAAAACUGGCUUAAUCUUUCCAGUCAUCAUAGAGCUCUCUCCAAAAUAUGAAAGCUUUAGAAUUGCAUAUUCUCUUCAGACUCGAUGAAUGCUGUAUCUAUCAAAAAGAAUAGUUGUGGAGGAGAUAGGAAAUGAACUUCUAUCUUUGUCACCAAACUGUCAAGGAGAGAGGAAGAGGACUUACAAUCUGUAAAUCCAGUUUGGGACUUCAAAGGGCUUCACGUGGGAGCAUGCAUGCUUAUCUCUUUGUUUUUAAGAUUGUAAUUCUAGAUGUUACAUUUCUAAGGUCCUCUGAGGCUUUCAAAUCAUGGAGGUGCACAGGUUUUUAUUUCCCCUCUGGGGACUUAAGAAGUCUAAUCUCACCAUUUUGGUACAUCUGGUUCCUUAUCUUGGGCUCUGGAAAUAUGAUGCAUUAAGGGCUUUCCCUGAGACCAGGAUGGGUAUUUCAACAGUUUGAAGAAGCUAGAAGACUGCAUUUGCUGUGUGUGGUUUCUGGUGCCAUCUCCAGUUUGAUAGGGUAGUGAGUAUGAGCCAAGGACACAUCAGGAAAAGAUUACCAAUUGACAUCUGAUUCAGCCAUUUAUGGCGUGUCUGCUCUGUCUGGGCACCAGCAGGUUCUCUGAAGUAAAUAUUAGAAUCAGGCAGGGCUGAAAAGAAAAAAAAAAAAAAAAUUA